AUGAGAAGAGAGAUUAUGGACUUGCACGAGAUGAUAGUAAAUCAAGUAAUGAGUAAUGGAAUGAAUGAGAUGAUAAGUGGAAGUAGGAGAGAUGGUUUCAGAUUCAGGGGAUCAGAUGUUGAUACAAUGUUCUGGUUUAAUGACCACCGAGUGAUCUGGAACUUGAAGCAGACUAAUAUGUAUAAAUUCGGUCAACGAUCACUGCUUUUAGCUGAUCCUUCCAACAGUCCUCCGGGAUUCACAUUGCUUCAGUUAUUAACACCACCAAAGUACCGAGAAAUAAAUUCUGCAUGCAUCAGAAUAAAUGAUAUAUUCUAUGUAUCUAGUUCUAUGUGCAGACGGGUCACGUACAUAAAUAAUUGUCCAAAUACCACUGAACAUGGACCGUGUAGUAGAAAACAUACGCACACGAAUACUGACUUUGAUUAUGCGUACUGUUUUGCCUGUGACUUUUGGCCUCCUUCCGCCACUUCAUGGAUCAACAGAUGUCACUCUUGGCCACAACGUCAUGUUGUACAUGACGUCAUUAGAAAUGGAUGUCAUUUUGUAGCAAUAGGACACAAACUAGGAAAUUAUAGGGAUACUGAAUGGAGAAUUUCUUUCUCCUUGGCAGAGAAAAAACUUGUGUGUGCUAUGAAUCACUGUCAAUUCUUAACGUAUGGUUUGCUUAAGCUGUUCUUACAAGAGGCAAUAAAUAGUGAUUGUAAUGAAAACGAUAAAUUGCUGUGUUCUUAUCACAUGAAGACAGCUAUUUUUUGGUUGAUUCAACAAAACACAAUGCCAUUUUGGCGUCCAAACAAUCUUUUGGAUUGUUUCUGGGUUUGUUUUAAACUUAUCCUUAAAUGGACAUAUGAGGGGGUUUGUCCUAACUUCUUCAUUCCACAAAAUAACAUGUUUUUAGGACGGAUCAAUGGAGGAGAUCAAACAAGUUUAUUCAUUAAAUUGUAUGGGUUAUAUGAGAAAGGUUUAGAAUCUCUGCUACAAAUUCCCUCUAUAAAGUCCACCAAUAUAAUCUCCCUUUGUAAUCCAACCCUUUCAGCUCGUAUGAAUGAACAGAUUGGGACAUAUGAGUUUGAUGUAGAGCUAUUUCAUGAGGUUUACUGCAAUGGUUCUAAUCUCUGCUUAUUUAAUGCUCACCACUGUAUACGGUACCUGGAUACAUUAGAAAGGUUGUUACAUACACCUCUGACUCAGUUUCAAGUUGUCAUGCUGCAAAGACAUGCAGCCGUCAUAUUUCAGCAUGCUGCUUUUAUAUUACACAAAAAUAAAAAUAUGAACAAACUAAUGUACUUAACUGACAAACUGUCGUGUCGUUUGCUCAGAUUAGCCGCCAAGUUUGGAUGUAUUUCAGAUAUGUUGUUUAUUGCUAUGUAUUAUUACAAGACUCUUAGGUACGACAAAGCUUUAGCUGUGAUUGAAAUGACAAAAGAUAAGUUAGCAAAGCCAUAUGUGAUGUAUAUAUCAGAAGUAGAUCCAGAGAGGUAUAGCGCGGCUGUGGAAGGACUGUCCUGGUCGAAAAUAAUGAGAGAGGUUGUUGCUUGGGAUGUCACGUUUUACAGUUCAAUCUUAUGGAUGAAUGAGUUAAAACCAGAGCAACAGUGUUCUUUAAUGAAUAAAUACCCGGCAUGCAAUAUACCACCAUUUAUUCUGUUACACAUGAUAGAGUUCUUGUGCCUAAGAUAUACUGACUCAGUGAAAUCACAAACAAUUGUAAAUAAUUUACAGUCAAAUUUGUUUGGAACACCUGUCUUGGUUAAAUCAGUUAAAGGAGCAGCAAUAGUGGAAAAGUUCUCUAUAAUAGCCAAUCAAACCAAAGAAAGAUCUAACCUGCUUCUUUGUCUUACAUCUUGGUGCUUCUGGAUAGCUCUCAACUUCUUGUUGAUUGGUUUGUUAGAACAACAGUCUGUGUUACGGUCUGGAUACUCUGAUAUAGGUAUCCCACUCUAUGUUCCGUUACAGACAUGUAGACCUACUGAGAGCACGACUAUAUCAUCUCUUAAUGACUUCCAGGACCUGGUCCACCAUAAUAAGAGGAAGCAAAUACACAUACACAAAAGAGCCAUGUCCUCGCAGAUUCUAGGGAUCUGUCAACAGAUGACAGGGAACCAUCAAGCUGCUCUGAAAUCCCACCAAUAA